UUUAUUUGAGACAUUGAAUGGUGAAAACAAACAUUGAUCCAGUCCGACCAUUCUGGAGCAAAAGAGUAUUCAAGGCUACUUGAAUGUAAUUUUAUAAUUGCAAAUAAAUACAUUGUGUUUAAAGAUUUUCGCUCGAUACGUAUGCACGUAUCGAGAUAUAAUUGAGAAAAAAAUUACAUUGAUUAUCGUGUAAUAAACAAAAAAAUAUGGCAACUAUGGGCGAGCCUCUUACUUUAGCAAGAGACGUCAAAAGAUCUAUAGAAUUGUUAGAUAAAUUACAGAAAGGAGGUGAAGUUCCUACGACAAAAUUGGCAGCAUUACAAAAAGUGUUACAAAGUGAUUUUCUUAGUGCAGUGCGAGAAGUAUACGAGCAUGUAUAUGAAACUGUCGAUAUUCAGGGUUCACAAGAUGUACGUGCAUCUGCAACAGCAAAAGCAACCGUUGCUGCUUUCGCAGCCAGUGAGGGUCAUGCUCAUCCACGUGUAGUUGAAUUGCCAAAAACGGAAGAAGGACUUGGGUUUAAUGUAAUGGGAGGUAAAGAACAGAAUUCGCCGAUAUAUAUAUCUCGCAUUAUUCCUGGUGGUGUUGCUGAUAGACAUGGUGGUUUAAAACGCGGAGAUCAACUUUUAUCUGUUAACGGAGUGUGUGUCGAAGGAGAAAAUCAUGAAAAAGCAGUAGAAUUAUUAAAGCAGGCACAAAAUUCUGUAAAAUUGGUAGUGCGGUAUACUCCACGUGUCUUAGAAGAAAUGGAGUUACGUUUCGAUAAACAGAGAGCUGCUCGUAGACGUCAACACAUGCAAUAAAUAUAUUAAAAAAUUGCAA